AUGACAUCAGAAUUAAUCAAUAUUCAAAUAAAAGACAAUGGAAUAGUUCUCGUGUAUGAUGAGCUUGAAAAAAAGGUUAACUAUUUUGAUACUCAGUGUGCUGAAACUCAAAGAAAGAAUUUGGAAAUGCAAGAAAAAAUUAUUAGUCUUGAAAAAGAGAUAACAAAUCAAAAUGUAAUUCUCAAAAGUGUGAUGAUGUUAUCAAAAGAAGUUACCGAGAUUAGAGAUUUAGUUAAUAAGUUAAAUGAAGAAGAUACCCAAAAAGAAAAGAAGAUUAAACAGUUACAAGAACAACUUGAAAUAAAAACUAAAGAACUUGACCAAAUAAAAAUUGAUAAUGAAAAUAAAAGAAAGGAAAUUGAACAAAUUAAAAGUUUAAAUGAAAAAAUUCUUAUUAAUCAAGUUAUCUUUGAAGAGAAACAAAAAUCUGUAAACUCAGGAAAUCAAAAAUUAGAUGGUACUUCAGUUAAUAAUAUACCUCAUACAAUUAAGUGUUUAAUUUGUCAACAAUUAAUAGGUAUUGAUUCAAUAUUUUCUCAUAUUGUUGAACAUGUCAACAGAGAUGGUACUAAUAUUAAGUCUAUGAACAAUGAAAUUCAGACUCCUUCAGUAGUUAUUAAACCAUCAAAUACUAAUCAAACAAAUACUCCUACUCCUCAUCUACAACCAAUAAUUCCAUCUUCUUUAUCUGCAACACCUGCUAUACUACCUUCACAUAUUGAUUCAAAACCAGUUGAAAGUAAACCAAUAGAGAAAAAACCAGUUGAAAUUGAUCCAAUAAAACCAAAAUCAAUUGAAAUUAAACCAAUAAAACCAAAAUUAAUUGAAAGUAAACCAAUAGAGAAAAAACCAGUUGAAAGUAAACCAAUAGAGAAAAAACCAGUUGAAAUUAAACCAAUAAAACCAAAAUCAAUUGAAAUUAAACCAAGCAAUGAGUUAUUAGAAUGUCCUGUCUGUUCUAAGAAAUUUCCUAUGAGCCAAAUAGAGAGUCAUGUGAAUAAACAUUUCUGUGCAGAAGAGCCAACUUUUGCUUGUCCUUUUUGUGGAUUAGAUAUGGGCAGUUCUAGUAAACUCCAAAAGCAUGUUUCUCACGCUCAUUCACGUGAAAUAAAAUAA